AUGUUCUCCAACUUGACCAACAUCGUCCAGAGAGCUCAGCAGCUCAUCGAUCCCACCCAGGGACUGAACCUCUCCAACUCGGAUCGGAAUCCUUCCAAAGCCUCCCUGUUCCAGAGCCAGUUCCGACUGCCCUCCUCACAAACACCUCUAUACGAGAUCAAUGCGGAGCUGACCAUCCCGCCCUCAAAUUCCGUGCGCGGCGAUCCGGACCAUGAUAGGGGAUGGCACUAUGCUGGAAAGCUACAUCUUUCAGAGGCCUACAUGUGCUUCUCGACGACGCCGACGAGCUUCACGCAGUCAGCGAGUACCUCGACUUCUUCCGCUUUUACCGGCCAGACCAAUGGCAGCGGCCCGAGUGGAAGCGGCUUCACGUUCCCGCUCUGUGCUAUUAGGCGAGUGGAGAGAUUGAAUAGCCAAAACUUUCAAUUUGCACUUGCAAUUACUACUUGGAACGGCUUACUAGCGGACACCUCAAAGCCCGGCAACGGCAACAACAACAAGAAUGUUCGAGAACAGCGGAUUACCAUCCACUUGGCGGGCACUCGGCAGGCUUGUGAAAGGUUCUGCGACGGCUUGAAGCGAGGUCUCAGAGCCGGAGUUGGCAACGUAGGCAAGCUGCGCAAAGUGGUGGCCGAAUGCUACUCUGAGCAUCUCUUGCGGACAGAUGACAAGGCAAACGUGUCACCGCCGGAUGCAGGACUGGGCAUGGCUUUCCGAUACCCCGGAGAUCCAAAGAAGCUCCGCGACAGGGCCAAGAUGAGACUAUGGGCUGAAUACCUCCGGGAUAAUGGCCGGAAUAUGAUGCUGAUCCGUCAACCCACUUUCCACAAGCUUAUCCGUGUUGGUCUCCCAAACAGACUUCGGGGCGAGAUAUGGGAGGUGACCUCCGGCUCUCUGUAUCUCCGACUGGAAAACCCGACGCUGUACUCCGACACGCUGGCCAAGUACGAGGGCCAGGAAUCGCUUGCCAUCGAUGAGAUUGAAAAGGAUCUCAAUCGCAGUCUGCCCGAGUAUCCUGGUUUCCAGAGCGAGGAAGGCAUUGGCAGGCUUCGCCGUGUUCUCACGGCCUACAGCUGGGUCAAUGCUGAUGUGGGCUACUGUCAGGCUAUGAAUAUUGUUGUGGCUGCGCUGCUCAUCUACAUGUCGGAGUCGCAGGCCUUUUUCCUUCUCUCGGCCCUGUGCGAUCGCCUAGUCCCAGGGUACUACUCUACGACCAUGUAUGGCACCCUUUUGGAUCAAAAAGUUUUUGAAUCUCUGGUUGAAAAGACCAUGCCCAUUCUGUGGGAUCAUCUUGUAAAGAGCGAUGUUCAGCUAUCAGUCGUUUCGCUUCCCUGGUUCCUUUCUCUGUAUAUUAAUUCUAUGCCCCUGGUUUUUGCUUUCCGCGUUUUGGAUGUCUUCUUCGUCGAGGGCCCCAAGGUGCUGUUCCAGGUUGGCCUUGCAAUCCUGCGCAUCAAUGGCGAGGAAUUGCUGGACGCACCUGAUGACGGCGCUUUCAUAUCUGUCCUCAAGUCAUAUUUUGCCAGACUCGAUGAAUCAGCUCAUCCAAAGUCAGAAAACCCCAAGCUGAGGGCGGUCACGAGAUUUCAGGAGCUCAUGGUUGUGGCCUUCAAGGAGUUCUCUGGAGUCACUCACAGCAGCAUCACAGAGCUUCGGCUUAAGAACAAGGACUCUGUCCUGAACAAUAUCGAGAGUUUUGCCAAGAGGACGGCGAUUCGCAACCUAGGGCCCGACAGCAAGCUGCUAAGCCCAGACGAGCUCGGUUCCCUGUACGAUCGGUUCUAUAACGUCUUGUACGAGCGGCAACAACGGGAUCUGACGAUCCAGGAAGAACUGAAGCGCCAAGCAAAGAGUAGCAGACUGCGGGCUUCGGAAAUCCUCGCCACGACUGCUCCCAACGAAGUGGAAAAGGGUCGUGUCGGACUUGGCCCAAGCACCAGUCUCAUGGAUUACGAUGCCUUCCGUGAGUUUUUGGCUGCCAUGUCUAAAUGGGCCAUCUCGGAUUCCAAGGCGAGUGGGGGAGACGGCAAAUAUUACGGUGCCAAAAAGGUUCCCGAUUCCAUGUCGCCUUGGGGUAACGGACCCGAGCCCGCAGAACAUGAGUUUCUGCGACGCGUUUUCAACAAGUGGGAUGUGGACGGAUCAUCAGCGUUGACCCUGCAAAAUGUGGUGACGGGCAUAGCCAGAAUCAAAGGCAAGAAAGACAUCAUGGGCACAAUCACGUAUUUCUUCGAGCUCUACGACGAUGACAACGACGGAAAAGUGGACCGAGAGGGCAUCUUGCGAAUAUCCGAGGCUUUGCUCUUCUUGUCUCGACGCGGACUAGAAGGCACGCUGAGCCCAGGGGCUUCGAGCAUUGGACUGAAUGGCGAUGUUAGCGCCAGCGACUCUCAGAGCAGCUUACCCCCCGAGAUAUCGACCAACGAGCGAUUCCUGGGCAGCAUCAGUGCAUUUAUCAGGCGAUGUUUCGAGUAUGCCGAUCCUGACCACCCAAAAAAUCAAGAUGGGCAGGAUUUUGGAACCUCGACAUUGGACGAAGACCUCAUGGUUGAUCCGAAUGCUUUCGCAAUCGGAGAUGAUGAGGACGAAGAAGAGGAGGAGGAGGAGGAGGAAGAAGAUCUCUUGGCGCUUGAAAAAUCACCACCUGGCACUCCUACGAAAGCUAAAAAGACUGCGGACUUACUGAGCCCGAACAAGGAGAGUUUUGACGGCGCCAGCGUCGAUAAUGAGUCUCGUCGGCGCGUAUCAAAAGCCAAGGCCGAAGCAGCUAACGCAGCGCUCGACCCGGCUCAUCCCCUCCAUAUCACGCUACCCACCUUCCGGAUGGUUGUGCUGGCAGAUGAGAUUCUCGAACAGUUCUUUGAAUCGUCUUUCCCGACCUCGCUUCACAUCAUCGAAGGCCUCCAAGCCCCCAGCAGCUCCUAUUACGGCCCAUCACUCACCACAUUCUCCAAUCUAGGCUUUAGCGCCAGAUCACAGGCCCAGGCGCAAUCCGGACCCAUGGGAGGCGGCCGCGGCUUGCGCGGUGUUUUGGAUAACAUUGUUACGGACGGAAUGCGGGUGGCGACCGAGGUGCGGAGGAGGAUGGAAGAGGCUCAGAGGGAGCUGGAAAAGAAUGCUCUGCCCAGCCAGCGGACAGAGGACGAUGAAGAAGAUGAUGACGAUGUUGGCGUGGCAAUUGGUGUGAGAAAGGGCGCUAGCACGGAUAUUGAGCGCCGGUCAGUCAUGAGCACUGACCGCGACCUUUUAGACGGAGCAGAUGCACAAGCAGGGUCCGGGGCGGCUUCAAAGGGACCAGGGCAUGAUCAUAACUUGUUAGAGGUUGACACGGCGGCUGGACGGCGCCGAGCCAACAGCGCGUCGACGACAGGGGGGUCGGCUGUACUAGAAUUUGAAGGGUAA